CCUCAAAGAUUAGCUACAAAUUAAAAGGUUCAGCACUCAGCCGCCGCAUAUGGUAUAUGCUUUCUUCAUCUGCAUUCGGACCCAGCAUCUUGAUUCCCAUCGAGCCACCACUCUCCUCUCCUUCCGCGGCGGAGCGUGGGGCACACAACUCACAAGAUGGAUAGCCUCUACUCAUCCAUCCAUUACUGGCUCGUGGACCAGCCAUUGGUCAGCCAGUUUGAAUGGAAACAAGGCCACACAUUUGCCUCCACCACACUCUUUCUCACCCUCACGGUCCUAACCUACCUCACUCUCACCUACGCUCUCAACCGCUUCCCGCUCCUCCCGACCCUCAGCCCCAACACCCUCCGCCUCGUCACCGCCGCGCACAACCUCAUCCUCUGCCUCGCUUCCCUCGUCAUGGCUGUGGGCUGCACCCUCUCCACCCUCCACCAAAUGCCCCACAAUGAUUGGACAUGGGCAGUCUGCUUCCCCGCCAACAACACCCCUCCCCGCGGGCCCACAUUCUUCUGGGCCCAGGUCUUCUACCUGUCCAAGAUUCUCGAGUUCAUCGACACCCUGUUAAUUAUUCUGAGCGGGUCGCGCUCUCGACGGCUGUCGUUCCUCCACGUGUACCAUCACGCGGUGGUGGUGAUAAUGUGCCAUCUUUGGCUCUCUACUUCGCAGACGCUGUUCCCGGUGGCGCUCGUUACCAAUGCUUCGGUUCAUGUGCUAAUGUACGCCUACUACCUGCUGGCCGCGCUCGGGCAGCGUCCGCGGUGGAAGAGACUGGUGACGGACUGUCAGAUUAUCCAGUUCGUUUUCAGCUUUGGGAUUUCGGGUCUGAUGCUGUAUUAUCAUUUUACCGGGUUGGGAUGCUCCGGGAUGCUGGGCUGGUGCUUCAAUGCCGUGUUUAAUGCGUCGCUUUUGUAUCUUUUCGUUGAUUUUCAUUCCAAGAAUUAUGCCAACAAAAAGAAACAAUGAUGAUGACAACGAUAAACUGCUGUCCCGGUGAUUUGAUUGAUGU